AUGUCGGCAAAGCUUUGGGCUCCUGCCCUUACUGCUUGUGCUCUCGCAACAAGUAUUGCACUUGUAGGCUGCAGCAAAGAUCCUAAAUCAGCACAACAAGCUGGUGGUGCUGCCCAAAAAAUGCCGCCGACUGAAGUUGGUGUCAUUGUUGCUCAGCCACAAAGCGUAGAACAAAGUGUUGAACUUUCUGGUCGUACUUCAGCGUAUCAAAUCUCUGAUGUUCGCCCACAAACAAAUGGCGUGAUUUUAAAACGUAGUUUUGUUCGUGAAGGUCAACCUCUUUAUGAGAUUGACUCGAGCAUCAAUCGUGCAAACUUAGACAGUGCAAAAGCAGCUUUAGUACGUCAGCAAGCAAACUUAAAUGCCUUGCAGGUUAAAGCAAAUCGUUAUCGUCAACUUGUCGGCAUCAAUGCUGUUUCUAAGCAAGAGUUUGAUGAUUUGCUUGCACAAAUCAAACUUGCUGAAGCAGAUAUUGCAGCGUCAAAUGCGGCUGUUAAAAAUGCGCAAAUUGACUUAGGUUAUUCGACUGUUCGUUCACCUAUUUCAGGUCAAUCUGGUCGUUCUUCAGUCACUGCUGGUGCUUUGGUGACUGCAAACCAAGCCAAUGCGUUGGUUACGAUUCAGCAACUUGACCCAAUUUAUGUAGACAUCAGCCAAUCAAGUGCUGAGUUAUUACGUCUACGUCAACAGUUAAGCCAAGGUAGUAUUGAUCGUAGCAACAACACCAAAGUUCGUUUAAAACUUGAAGAUGGUAGCUACUACGGUGUGGAAGGAAACCUUGCAUUUUCUGAUGCUAGUGUAGAUCCAAGCACAGGUUCUGUGACUUUACGUGCAGUCUUCUCAAAUCCUAAUCAUUUAUUAUUGCCGGGUAUGUUUGCCAAUGCGCAGAUCGUACAAGGCGUAAUUCCAAAUGCUUACUUAGUUCCACAAGCAGCAAUUACACGCACACCAACUGGCCAAGCAAUCGCAAUGCUUGUAAAUGCAAAAGGUGUAGUUGAAAGCCGUCCUGUAACAACUGUAGGUGUUCAAGGUAAAGAUUGGAUCGUCACUCAAGGCCUAAAUACUGGCGAUAAAGUGAUUGUUGAUGGUAUUGCCAAAGUAAAACCAGAACAAGCUGUGGUUGCUAAACCUUAUCAGCCUCAAGCGGCUGCACCACAAGCAGGUGCUAAACCAGGUACAGCAGCACAACCUGUUCAACAAAAUAAAUCCAGUGAACAAAAAGCUACUUCAAAUGCAUAA